AUGGCGCAUCGGAGAUCAAAGUUACUGUUGUUUUUCUGCUUCGCGUCGUACUAUCUGAUCGCCAUUGCAGCGAAGAGUUAUUAUGAUAUUCUGCAAGUGCCCAAAGGCGCCUCCGAUGAGCAGAUAAAGCGUGCGUACCGUAAGCUUGCUUUGAAAUAUCAUCCGGACAAAAAUCCAGGAAAUGAAGAGGCGAAUAAGAAAUUUGCAGAGAUUAAUAAUGCUUAUGAAGUUUUGUCGGAUAGCGAAAAGAGAGGCAUAUAUGAUAGAUAUGGUGAAGAAGGUCUUAAGCAGCAUGCAGCUGGUGGAGGCAGAGGUGGAGGAGGAAUGAAUAUUCAAGAUAUUUUUAGCUCAUUUUUUGGUGGAGGUUCUAUGGAAGAGGAAGAAAAGGUUGUGAAAGGCGAUGAUGUGAUUGUUGACUUGGAUGCUACACUUGAAGAUCUAUAUCUGGGGGGAACUCUAAAGGUUGUUUGGAGAGUGAAAAAUGUAAUAAAACCAGCUCCAGGUAAGAGGCGCUGCAAUUGUAGAAAUGAGGUUUAUCACAGGCAAAUUGGUCCUGGAAUGUUUCAGCAGAUGACAGAGCAGGUUUGUGAUCAGUGCCCUAAUGUUAAGUAUGAAAGAGAGGGUGAUUUUGUCACCGUGGAUAUCGAGAAAGGAAUGCAGGAUGGACAAGAAGUGGUAUUUUAUGAAGAAGGUGAGCCAAUACUUGAUGGUGACCCUGGAGAUCUUAAGUUCCGCAUACGUACUGCACCUCAUGACCGCUUCAGAAGAGAAGGCAAUGAUUUGCAUACAACAGUCACUAUUACUCUGGUCCAAGCUCUUGUUGGCUUCGAAAAGACCGUUAAACACCUUGAUGACCAUUUGGUGGACGUUAGCUCCAAGGGUAUCACUAACCCAAAGGAAGUGAGGAAAUUUAAAGGCGAAGGUAUGCCAUUGCAUUAUAACAAUAAGAAAGGAGAUUUGUAUGUCACGUUUGAGUGGUCUCUAUCCACGGACCUGUCUGGACUCGGACAUCACCGAGGCCGAGAAGAAAAUCCAAGCCCCUUGGGCCGUUUUCUUGAAUUCGCCAAAUCCUCUCAGAUACUAAGCGACCGAACCGCAUACGGUUCGGGAGGCAGCAUUCAUGGGGACCACGACAUGAACUCGUACCUAAAGUCCAUUAGGAAUGUCAUUCCUCAGGAGAUGGGCCGGAUCCGUAAAGCCCACAUUGUGAGCUCCCGUCUUGUUGGGCAGCAUUCUGGGCAAAGGCCCGAUAAACUUCUUGCGCUUCAUGAAGAAUGGUAG